AUGAAGGCGGAUAUACUACAACGGCAAAUCCUCGUCUGCAUGCAAGUCUCCCAGUCACAGCAAUUCUCCCUCAUCGUCAUUCUCAGAGACACGCCUCCAACCGGCUAUAUCAGUGAGGAUGGGGAUAAUACUGACAACCAAGACACGCUUCAAACCGGCUAUAUCAGUGAGGAUGGGGACAACACUGACAACCAAGACACGCCUCCAACCGGCUAUAUCAGUGAGGAUGGGGACAACACUGACAACCAAGACACGCUUCAAACCGGCUAUAUCAGUGAGGAUGGGGACAACACUGACAACCAAGACACGCCUUCAACCGGCUAUAUCAGUGAGGAUGGGGACAACACUGACAACCAAGACACGCCUCCAACCGGCUACAUCAGUGAGGAUGGGGACAAUACUGACAACCAAGACACGCCUCCAACCGGCUAUAUCAGUGAGGAUGGGGAAAAUACUGACAACCAAGACACGCCUCCAACUGGCUAUAUCAGUGAGGAUGGGGACAACACUGACAACCAAGACACGCCUCCAACCGGCUAUAUCAGUGAGGAUGGGGAAAAUACUGACAACCAAGACACGCCUACACUCGGCUACAUCAGUGAGGAUGGGGACAACACUGACAACCAAGACACGCCUCCAACCGGCUACAUCAGUGAGGAUGGGGACAAUACUGACAACCAAGACACGCCUCCAACCGGCUAUAUCAGUGAGGAUGGGGAAAAUACUGACAACCAAGACACGCCUCCAACUGGCUAUAUCAGUGAGGAUGGGGACAACACUGACAACCAAGACACGCCUCCAACCGGCUAUAUCAGUGAGGAUGGGGACAACACUGACAACCAAGACACGCCUACACUCGGCUACAUCAGUGAGGAUGGGGACAACACUGACAACCAAGACACGCCUCCAACCGGCUACAUCAGAGAGGAUGGGGAUAAUACUGACAACCAAGACACGCCUCCAACCGGCUAUAUCAGUGAGGAUGGGGACAAUACUGACAACCAAGACACGCCUCCAACCGGCUAUAUCAGUGAGGAUGGGGACAACACUGACAACCAAGACACGCUUACACUCGGCUACAUCAGUGAGGAUGGGGACAACACUGACAACCAAGACACGCCUCCAACCGGCUACAUCAGUGAGGAUGGGGACAACACUGACAACCAAGACACGCCUCCAACUGGCUAUAUCAGUGAGGAUGGGGACAACACUGACAACCAAGACACGCCUCCAACCGGCUAUAUCAGUGAGGAUGGGGACAAUACUGACAACCAAGACACGCCUACAAUCGGCUACAUCAGUGAGGAUGGGGACAACACUGACAACCAAGACACGCCUCCAACCGGCUACAUCAGAGAGGAUGGGGAUAAUACUGACAACCAAGACACGCCUCCAACCGGCUACAUCAGUGAGGAUGGGGAUAAUACUGACAACCAAGACACGCCUCCAACCGGCUAUAUCAGUGAGGAUGGGGACAACACUGACAACCAAGUCUGGAUAACAGCAGUCGAUAAGCCAAAGGAACUGAAACUCGACUCAUCUGCCCGCAGAGUGUGA